CACUAUAAAAUUACUUAUAAAUAAGGAGAAAAUAAUAAAUAGCAAGUAAUGAAAACGAACUAGUUGUAUAUAUCUACGUUGCAAAAUGUAUCUUUAUGUAGGUACAUGAAAGUUAAUAGGUACUACAUAUAGGUGAUAGUUCGUACAUCGUCAAAAAUUCAAAAUUCCGCAUUGUGAAUUCGUAUGAUGCAUAAAAGUUAUUGUACCAGAAAAUCAUAAAAUAUAUUUAUUUUUUAUCAAAUUUUAUGUUAGGUAAAUUAAUCAGAUUCAAUGCCUACUCAAGUGUUUUUAUAAUACACCUACACAUACAAUAUGAAUCGGUGUCUGCCGCACAAUAAUAUAUAUUACACCUAACAUAUUAUAUAGAGCCAUUCGUUAUUAUGACAAGAGAUAAAUCUCUGAGCGCAAUGAUUCGAAAAAUAUUCACCAUGAUAAAGCAUGUGUAGGGUUAAGUUGGUCCUGUGUGUUUAUGUGGUUUGUGUUUCAUUCGGAUAAGGGUUUGAAAAUAAAUAGGAAAAAUUAUACAUUACAAAUAAAAUGCAGACCGUUGGGUUGGAAAACACGCAUCAUAUUAAAUCAAAGCAACCGGAAAAAUCACACCUAUCAUUCUGGUAUAAAAAGCACUCGUCGAGGUGCACAACGCCCAAGUGUGUAUUGUGACUUUAGAACAUCGUCGUAGAUACACAAGAUGAAUAAGACGAUUCUAUCAAUCGUAGUUGGCGUUGUGUUCUUCUUGGCUCUUUCUCUUUCCAAUGCAAACGUGUGCACGAUUUCGGAAAAUAAUUUAAAUGUUUAUCGAAAAAUAUCAAAUAAGGAAUUGGCGACGAUUUCAAACGAGACCAAUCAAUGCAGAUACAAUCCUAUAGACAACUAUUAUAUUAGAGACACGUACAGAACUAGAAAUUUAAACAUAAGAUCCGAGAGACGUACAAUUCGUGUAGAUGGGAGAGAACAAGAACGCAGAGUUUGGGUUAGAAUCGACGAUAUCCAAAAGGGUAGAUUGACAAGAUCGGAAUCAUUACCAAACAUUCGUCGCGAACAAGUUCGGAAUGCAAGAGAGAGAGACAUGGAUUUAAAAGGUACUCAUCAAAGAGCUUUAGAAUGGAACAGGAGAAAAGUUUUAGAAAGUCGUUCCGAUGAAAGAAUUUUAAGACGCAAAGUAAGAGAUAGGCAAUACGAUGUGCAAACAAACAGAGAUAAUAUAGAUACAAGAAGCAGGACACGGCAGACCAGACAGAAUGGUAUGGUAGCUAUUAAUGACAAAGAUGAAGCGUCUUCAUGGCCAUUUUCAAGUUUUGUUCAGUCAGCAAUUGGUGUUCUUGGACUUUACUACUUUGGGAUGCAUAAUAAAAACGUUAAGUAAUUAGAAUUGUUACUUAGUAAAAUAUGUUAGUGAAUACUUACUGUACAAGUACUAUAAUGAAAUUAUCAAAAAUGUUAAUGAAAUAAUGAAUAUAAUAUGAUUAUACUUUUCUUUUA